AUGCCGUCUCAUUUGCGUCUCGGCUGUGUGGCCCCGGAUUUUGAGGCACAGACAACCCAAGGAUGUAUCAAGUUUCACGAAUGGUCGGCAAAUACAUGGACUGUGCUAUUCUCGCAUCCGGAUGAUUUCACGCCCGUGUGCACCACUGAGCUGGCGGAAGUAGCGCGGCGUGCCAGCGACUUUGCUAAGCGUGGUGUCAAGAUCCUAGGUCUCUCUGCCAAUGAUGUGUCGUCCCACAACCGCUGGGCGCAUGAUAUUCAAUCCAUUGCACAGGCACCCGUCACGUUCCCCAUCAUAGGCGAUUCAGACCGCUCCAUCGCCACCCUCUACGAUAUGCUCGAUGCGUUAGACCCCACGAAUGUCGACGCCCAUGGCGCUCCAUUCACGGUGCGUGAUGUCUUUGUGAUCGAUCCCCAGCACAUUAUUCGCCUCAAAAUUUCCUACCCCGCCUCCACGGGCCGCCAUUUCGACGAAAUUUUGCGCGUCAUUGAUGCGCUUCAACUCAGCGACCGACACGCUGUCACGACGCCCGCCAACUGGCGUCCAGGUGACCGCGUGAUUAUUCACCCCAAGGUCUCUGACUCGGAAGCACAUUCCCUUUUUCCAGAUCACGAAAGUAUUACACCCUAUCUGCGCAUGACGCGCGAUCCCAGCUCAUCAUAA